AUGCCGCUGCGGCUGGCGCUCUGCCUGCUGGCGCUCUGCAGCCCCGCCGCCGCGCACGGUGGAAUCUGCUGGCUGCAGCAGGGCAAGGAGGCCAAGUGCACCAUGAUCCUCAAGACGGGCGUGACGUGGGAGGAAUGCUGCGCCAACGGCAACGUGGACGUGGCCUGGUCCAACUACACCUACCCAGGCAACAAGAUCAGCCUGCUGGGCUUCCUGGGGCUGGUCACCUGCCACCCCUGCAAAGAGAGCUGCGAGGGCGUGGUGUGCGGCCCCGACAAGGUGUGCAAGAUGAAGCACGGGCGGCCCCAGUGCGCCUGUGCCCCCGACUGCUCCAGCCUGCCCCGCAAGCUGCAGGUCUGCGGCUCCGACGGCUACACCUACCGGGAUGAGUGUGACCUGCUGACAGCCAAGUGCAGAGACCACCCCGACCUCGAAGUGAUGUACCAGGGGAAAUGCAAAAAGUCCUGCUCCAGCGUGGUGUGCCCUGGCACACACACCUGCGUGGUGGACCAGACGGGCAGUGCCCACUGCGUGAUGUGCCGGACAGCGCCCUGCCCCGAGCCCACCAGCCUGGACCGUGCCCUGUGUGGCAACAACAACGUCACCUACCCGUCGGCGUGCCACCUGCGGCGUGCCACCUGCCACCGCGGCCGCUCCAUCGGCGUGCGCCACUACGGCAGCUGCUCAGCUGCUGCCAAGUUCUCUGCAGAGACGGACAGCGUGGAGGAGAACUACGUGUGA